AUGGAGUGCCGACGGCAUUUUGAGGACCGCGCAUCCACGCUCGCGAUCAACAGGAAUUUCCCCAAGCCCAGCUUCCGCGUCAAGGACAGCGAAACCCAGCUCGAAAUCUUGACCGCCUCGUUUCACUUGACGUACGAUAAGCAACGGUUCAGCCCCAAUGGCCUGGUGGCCACCUUUACCAGCAAGCAGACUGACUGGGGCGGCGAAUGGCGUUAUGGCGGGCCCGCAAAGGACAACUUGGGGGCACGGCGAGAACCCUCGACUGGACCAAUGGCCGGUGCGAGCUCGGGCCGGGGAUCCUCUCCAGGGCGGGUUUCGCCAGCCUGGAUGACUCUACCAGCAUGUUGUUUGACGGCAAGGGCUUUGUGGCCCCCGUCGAUCGGGGAUCGUAUCGAUGGCUACUUGUUCCAUUACGGCCAUGACUACAAGGGGGCCAUCGAGUCGUACUAUGCGAUUUCUGGCAAACAGCCCGUUAUACCACGGUGGUGCCUCGGCAACUGGUGGAGCCGGUACUUUGCCUACUCCGCGGACGAGUAUCUUGCACUGAUGGAUGAGUUUCAAAAGCAUGAGGUGCCCUUAUCUGUGGCUGUUGUUGACAUGGACUGGCAUGUUGUCAAAGGCGACCACGUUCCCCACGUCGGUUGGACGGGCUACACUUGGAACAAAUCGCUGUUCCCUGAUCCAGAGGGGUUCACCGGAGCCCUUCACGAUCGAGGCCUGAAGAUCACCCUCAACGAUCAUCCGCAUGCCGGAAUCCAUCACCACGAAGAGGUGUACGAGGAGCUAUCGCGCGCUCUCGGCCACGAUACAGCGCACAAAGCCCCCGUCCUGUUCGACCCGACCUCGCCCGAGUUCAUGCACGCCUACUUCAACGUGGUGCACCGAAAGCUGGAGGAGCAGGGCUGCGACUUUUGGUGGAUCGACUGGCAGCAGGGGCCUUACACGCGCAUCCCCGGGAUUGACCCCCUCUGGCUCCUGAACCAUUUCCAAUUCCUCGAUCUCGAGCGCAAGCAGGGCGCCGGCGAGGCCCUCGUCUUUUCCAGAUACGCCGGGCCGGGGAGCCACCGAUACCCCGUGGGCUUCUCUGGGGAUACGCAUAUGACGUGGUCAUCCCUCCAAUUCCAGCCCGAGUUCACUGCCACAGCCGCCAACAUCGGAUAUGGGUGGUGGAGCCACGACAUUGGAGGCCACAUGGAGGGCUACCGCGACGACGAACUGGCUGCCCGCUGGGUGCAGUUCGGAACCUUUUCGCCGAUCAUGAGGGGCACCGUCUACGAUGGCGAUCGGGAGAUUGCCAUGUACCGAUCUCUCCAUCGCAUUCCCGUUCUCGCGCCAGAGGGUGCCAUCAUCCCCCUAGACCGUGAGCGAGUACCGACCAAUGGUUGCGCCAACCCCGAUGCAUUUGAGAUGCUUGUUGUCGUAGGCCGCGACGGUGAAUUUACAAUCACAGAAAGCACUAGGGAUGACAGGAUCCCCUCCGCAAGUGGCGAAGCGGUGAUUCGCCACAUUCCAAUCAAAUUUCAGCAGGCGAAAGGCCGAUUGACCGUCAACGGCGCGGGGAAGGCGUGGAUAUUCCGCUUCAUCUCUCUCGAAGCUGGGAUGGCUGAGAGCAUUAGAGUCCUCAUCAAUGGCGAGGUAUCUGGCGACUCGGUGGUCAACGUCAACACCUUGCCACUGCUACCUAGCGUGGCUGUGAGUGUCUCGGCCGAUGCUAGUAAGAACGAUGAUAUCGUUAUCGAAUUGGGUCCUAACCCACAGUUGGAAAUCCUGAACUAUGCCGAUACCUUUGCCAAGAUACUCGUAGACUUUCAAAUUGAAAAUAAUCUCAAAGACAGGAUAUGGGAGGUUCUCAACGCAAAUCAGCCCACUGCGGUCAAGGUUGGAAGACUGUUGAGUUUGGAGCUAGACAAGGCAGUGGCCGGCCCAUUCAUGGAGCUCAUUCUCUCCGAUAGCCGAAGGGAGUGA